AUGCGAGAAUAUAAACUCGUAGUAUUAGGCAGUGGUGGUGUUGGUAAAAGUGCAUUGACUGUGCAAUUUGUUCAGGGUAUAUUUGUGGGCAAAUAUGAUCCAACAAUCGAAGAUUGCUAUCGAAAACAAGUGGAAAUUGAUGGCGUUAAUUGUAUGCUGGAAAUAUUGGACACAGCUGGAACAGAGCAAUUCACUGCAAUGAGAGAUUUGUACAUGAAAAAUGGACAGGGUUUCAUAUUAGUCUAUUCGAUCACGUCGCAAGCGACUUUCAAUGAUUUAAUCGAUAUUAAAGAUCAAAUUAUGCGUGUUAAAGAUAUUGGUGCUGAUAUACCUAUGGUUCUCGUGGGAAAUAAGAAUGAUUUAGAAGACGAACGUGUAGUUGGCAAGCAGAAUGGCGAAAGUUUAGCUCGAUCGUUUAGUUGUACAUUCCUGGAAGCAUCUGCUAAGUUACAAGUUAAUGUGAAUGAAAUUUUUUUCGAUUUAAUCCGACAAAUCAACCGCAAGACUCCUCGACCUAGACAAGCAAGACAAAUUGCAUCUCAAGGCUUCGAUCAACUUGAACCGCGAAGUGAUUAUCAAUAUAAUCAAUCGUCACCAUAUCGUUCCGAGCGAUUGAAUGGACAAUUCAAAGAUUGUUGUGUUCUGUUAUGA